UUAAACCUUAAUUACUUUUUUAUAAGCUGUGCGGUUUUAUACACCAUUAUUCAUCGUUAACCUGGUACAACGUUGGUGGAAACCAUCCCAUAUUCCCAUUUCUCUCUCGAAGUUUCGGUUCCUACCAAACACACUAUAAUAAUCAACAUUAAUUAGUUCAUUAAUCGCACUGACAAAGAUGAAGGAGAAAAGUGAUGUUUCUAUGGAGAACAUGCUGGGACUGCUGAGGAUUCGCAUACACAGAGGCGUCAACUUGGCCGUUCGAGAUGUCCGAAGUAGCGAUCCGUACGUUAUUGUUCGCAUGGGCAAACAGAAGCUAAAGACCAGAGUGGUGAAGAAGAACCUCAACCCUGAAUGGAAUGAAGACUUGACUUUGUCUGUUUCUGACCCGAAAAUUCCAGUAACAGUGCAAGUCUAUGAUAAGGAUUUGUUCAGUUUUGAUGACAAAAUGGGAGAUGCAGAAUUCGACAUCUCACCGUAUGUGGAAGCAGUAGGGAUGCGCUUCAAAAACAUCCCUAGUGGAACCAUAAUCAUGAAGGUCAAACCAAGCAGGGAGAACUGCCUUGCGGAGGAAAGCAACAUUGUCUUGGAAAAUGAUAAGGUUGUCCAAAACAUGGUUUUGAGGUUGCGGAAUGUCGAAUGUGGUGAAUUGGAGCUGCAAUUGCAGUGGAUUGAUAUUCCGCGCUCCAGUGACCACCUGUAGGCUCUUUCUAGUAGAGGUACAAGAUGAUGUACAGAUUGAAUGACUAGUGGCAUCAGUAGGUAUAUCAAGUAUAUUGCUGCAAGACUCCCUUGAUAUAAAUUAAUAAAACUGACGAGCCUAGUUAUAUUAGUUAAUUCUAAAAUAAAUGGUACAUAGUAGUACUCUUAAUUACGGAAUACUUUAAAGUUUAAAUUGAUUAUAUAGAUUGAUUAAGACUGCCAG